AUGAUAUCCAAGGCACUAAUGUUCCACCUGAGCUCAAAUGGUGUUAAUACUGUCGAGACUGUAGCCGGAGACCUAGCUGGUAAGGCCCAAGAGCUUUACAAUCAAGCCGACGGAAUAGUUCAGGCUGCUCAGGUUAGUGGUAGUCCACUUUCUACACUUAGUACUCCGGCCACAGCUCUAGCUUCUGCAGCCAAAGGCACUGAUGGUCAAGAUAAAAGUAGUCUACAUCAUCAGGCAAAUGAACUAUCCAGUGCUACUCCUACUGAUCCUGAUAAGGCCAUUGCAGUCAUAACUGCAUUCGCCACAGUUAAGGACGCAUACGAAAAUCUGGCAGCCCAAACUUUAUACCAAGAAAAUAAACGUAAACCAGGUAUAUCACCACUAGCAGAUACUCCUGCAGGAAAGGUCAAGGCCGUUGAAACUGCCUGGAAAGGGGUCGAGUCCGAUUUCCAGAAACUAUGUAUGGCACUCAUCAAACACUUUGCAAAUCAGGUGGAAAAUAACGCCACAAGCCUAGCCAGUGCCAAUGGUAAUCAGACUCAUGCCGACAAAGUGAUAACCAGUUUCAACGUAGUUGAAAAGGCAUACGACUCUCUUAAUAGAAUUCUAAACCUUACUAAACUCGCAAAAAAGGCCACAAAACUUAAAGAGGCUGCUAGUCCUCCACUUCAAAGUCCAGCCGGAGGACUAGCCAGUGCAGCCAGAAAACUCAAUAAUACUGAUGUUGUUAAUGCCCAAGCCUUCAAAGACACAGUCAAAUCCACCAUCAGAAUCACCGGCAACACCGGCAACAAAAACAUCACCGUUACCAAUCUACCUCACAUUAAUGACACCUUUAAACCUAGACAAAUUAAAUUCUGGGCGAUCAUAAUUCCUUCCAUCAUAUCCCAAUGUUAUCGUACUGAUGAGGAACUUAAAGCAGCAACUAGUACAGGUGAAAAUUUAGGACUCCGAGCACUAGCCCUUGCACUACAUACUCAAGCCAAUGAACUUAACAGGGCAGUUGAUAAUCCUGGUAGUAAUGAUAAUGCCGCCAAUGUACUCAAACAUAAGGCUGGUACAGAUGACCAAACCGAUGGUAAACUUAGAAAGCUAGCUGAAACACUAUAUACUGCAGCCAGUCAACUAGCCAGUGCAGUUCAAGCUGGUCCUGAUACUGGUAAGACAGAAGCGGAACAACUUGCUAAUGAAGUCGGUGAAAAUGAAGAAGGAGAUAAACUUCGAGCUAAACUCAAAGAUCUUGGUAAUUAUACUCAAGAUACUGAACUAACUACUAAGGCCGGUGAGGUUAAAACUAAAUACGACGCAGUCAGCCGUGCAUUCACUCAAGUUCAGCUUAAAGAAGAUAAAUAUACUGAAGCCGGUCAUCAAGAUAAGUAUCAAGCAGUUGAAAAGGCAUGGGACGCCUUCAACGAUGUUUAUAAGCCUGAAGAACUACUCGUUACUGCUGUCGGAGAAGAAAUCACCCUUGGAGAUAAUCUAGCAAGUGCACUCAAAGAACUUGGUACUGCUAGUAUUCUUGAUAUAAAGGGGUUGAAUACUAAGGCCAAUGCUGUCAAGGAAAAGUUUGCAGGUUGGGGACCCUCUGUCAAACAGAAAUUCGAGUUAGUCCAGGCACAAGAAUCUGCUUACACUUCCGGUGGCAUUAAAUCCACUAAAUACGACCCACUUGAACAAGCCUUCAACAAUUUCAAUACUGCCUAUAGAAAGGCCAUAUGUGGCCCCAAGUUUUAUUCCAUUAUUGUUCCUUCCAUUAUUAGUAUGCUGUCAGAAUGCCCUCCCAAAACCGAAUUCGUAGGAUCUUUAGGUGGGUUUGGUGGAUGGAAACAAUACAACGAUGGUGGUAACACUGUUUAUGGUCAGAUCUGGCACUUCUUUGAUAUCCUUAUUGUUAUUAAGUUCACUGUAGCUAUCAUAUUCAUAUACUCACUCAAUUAUAGAGAAUUACAUAGCUAUUGA